CCAACUUCAUGGCAACAACUCCAUGUGUUUUUCUCGUUUUCCACACAAGACAAGUGGGUAAAGAACAUAGCAUAACACAAGUUCACAUCAUAUUAUUCAACAUAUGUUUGUAAAUCCAACCCCUAAGAUAUUAUAUUUGAUACCAAGGGUGAAAGGGUCCCUCAUUAUUAGCCUUUUGAUAAUAAUAAUAAGCAAAAGUUAAAGAAAUAAUAACAUUCCACCAUUCAUUUUCAUACAUAUUUUAUUUUCCACACAAACCAACUUUUACAUUUCCUUUUUUAAGAUCUACCCUUUUCUUACUGUCCAAAAAUAUAGUCCAAUCAUUCAACUUCAUUUCUGAUUUUGCCUCCUUCUUCCAGUUAAAGUUUGAAAUGAAUAUGAAGUUUUCUGCUAAAUAUUGGCAUCAGCUAAUCAAACUUUAGCAGGGUGAUUGUUAAGAAAUUGCAACCAUGAUUAGAGUUUGGUUUGUGGUGUUGAUGGUUCUCUACAAUUUGAUGUUCUCUUCAACUGUGGCUGGCUUGGAUAAUUCCACAGUACCUCCAUUUGUAAAUAUUGGAGUACUCUACUCUUUCAAUACUAGUGUUGGUAGAAUGGUGAAAAUUGCGGUAGAAGCUGCGGUUGCAGAUAUAAAUUCUGAUCCUACUAUUCUUGGUAAUACUAAGUUGAACCUCUCACUGCAAGAAGAUUCAAAAUACAGAGGCUUUUUGAGCAUUGCUGAGGCGUUGCAGCUCAUGGCGACACAGACUGUGGCGAUUAUUGGUCCUCAGACGUCUACAACAGCUCAUGUCAUAUCUCAUAUAGCAAAUGAGCUCCAGGUUCCUUUGCUAUCAUUUACAGCCACUGAUCCUACUCUUUCUUCGCUUCAAUUCCCGUUCUUUUUGAGAACUUCUUUCAAUGACAUUUUUCAAAUGACUGCAAUAGCAGACAUUGUUAGCCACUAUGGUUGGAGAGAGGUUAUCACAGUCUAUGGUGAUGACGACCAUGGGAGGAAUGGAAUUAGUGCGUUGGGGGAUAAGCUUGCUGAGAGGCGUUGCAAGAUCUCGUUUAAAGCAGCAAUGACUCCUGACGCAACGAGUGAGGAGAUUACUGAUGUGCUAGUUCAGGUUGCCCUGGCAGAAUCUCGGAUUAUUGUUCUGCACACAAGUACUGCUUGGGGUCCAAAGGUGUUGAGUGUGGCGAAGUCUCUUGGAAUGUUGCAAAAUGGUUAUGUCUGGAUAGCUACUACUUUUCUCACAUCUUAUAUUGACAUAGAUAGUCCUCUCUCUUCAGAUGAAAUGGAUAACAUUCAAGGAGUUCUAACACUAAGAAUGUACAUACCGGAUUCUAAGCUCAAAAGAUCGUUCAUUUCUCGGUGGACCAAUUUGACUAGUGGAAAGACGGCAAAUGGUCCUCUUGGUUUAAGUACUUAUGGUAUCUUUGCAUAUGAUACUAUUUAUGUGCUUGCCCGUGCCCUUGAUACAUUUCUGAAACAAGGAAACCAAAUUACGUUUUCGAGCGAUCCAAAGUUAAAUCAACCACGUGGAGACAGCUUGCAUCUUGACGCUGUGAAAAUUUUCAAUGAGGGAAAUCUGUUACGUAAAAGUAUAUAUGAGGUUAACAUGACUGGUGUAACAGGUCCAUUCAGGUAUACACCUGAUGGAAACCUUGCAAAUCCAGCAUAUGAGAUCAUCAAUGUGAUCGGAACAGGGACUCGCAGGGUCGGUUAUUGGUCUAAUUACUCUGGAUUAUCAGUUAUUCCUCCAGAAACACUUUAUUCAAAACCGCCUAAUCGUUCCAUUGAUAAUCAAAAGCUACUCACGGUCUUUUGGCCAGGAGAAACAACCCAGAGACCACGCGGUUGGGUUUUUCCGAACAAUGGAAAGCUAUUAAAAAUCGGAGUACCUAGAAGGACUAGUUACCGUGAAUUUGUUUCUCAGGUACAAUCCACUGACACGUUCAAGGGAUUCUGCAUUGAUGUAUUUCUUUCUGCAGUAAACUUGUUACCUUAUGCUGUCCCCUAUAAGUUUGUUCCAUAUGGUGAUGGUCAAAACAACCCUAGUAAUACUGAGCUUGUGCGUCUGAUCACUGCCGGUGUCUUUGAUGCUGCAGUAGGUGACAUCACAAUUACUACAGAGAGAACAAAGAUGGUGGAUUUUACUCAGCCAUUUAUUGAGUCUGGCCUAGUGGUAGUAGCAUCGGUUAAGAAGACGGAUUCAAAUGCUUGGGCAUUUUUGACACCAUUUACACCAAUGAUGUGGACUGUAACUGCUAUCUUUUUCCUACUAGUGGGAGCUGUUGUUUGGAUUCUAGAGCAUAGACUGAAUGAUGAUUUUAGAGGACCUCCUAAAAAACAAGUAGCCACAAUUUUGUGGUUUAGCUUUUCAACUAUGUUCUUCGCUCACAGGGAAAAUACCGUGAGCACUCUUGGUCGUUUUGUCGUGCUUAUAUGGCUAUUUGUAGUUCUAAUAAUUAACUCGAGUUACACAGCAAGCCUGACUUCAAUCCUCACAGUGCAACAACUUUCUUCACCUAUUAAAGGCAUUGAAAGUUUAGUAAAUAGCAAAGAGCCUGUUGGUUACUUGCAGGGUUCCUUUUCCCGGUCUUAUUUGAUUGACGAAAUCGGUAUUCAUGAAUCGAGAUUAGUUCCUAUGAAAACACCUGAAGAAACUAUGAAGGCACUGGAGAAAGGUCACCAGAACGGUGGUAUUGCUGCAUAUGUUGAUGAGCGUGCUUACAUAGAGCUCUUCCUUUCUAGCCGGUGUGAUUUUAGUAUUGUCGGUCAAGAGUUUACCAGAAAUGGUUGGGGAUUUGCCUUUCCACCAGACUCACCAUUAGCAGUUGACCUGUCAACUGCCAUUUUGGAGUUGGCAGAAAGUGGAGAUUUACAAAGGAUCCAUGACAAAUGGCUUUUAAGCAGUGCUUGUAGAUCACAAGGUGCAAAGCUUGAAGUGGACAGACUCAAUCUCAGAAGCUUUUGGGGCCUUUAUCUAGUUUGUGGUUUGGCAUGUUUCCUUGCUCUCCUAAUAUAUUUUAUUCAGACCUUGAGGCAGUACAAGAAACACAGUCCAGACGAAAUAGAUUCUUCUGGCCAAGGUUCAGGAUCUUCGCGUCUGCGGACGUUUCUUUCAUUCGUAGAUGAAAAAGAAGCGAUAGUUAAAAACCGCUCAAAGAGAAGGCAAAUGGAAAGGAUAUCAUAUAGAAGCACAAGUGAGGUUGGAUCAAACAUCACCUCCAAUAAAGAUUUUUCUCGGUCAUCAACAUCGUUAAACAGAAUUGAUUCUCCUAAUAUAGUCUGACCAACUUUGCCCAGAAUUGAUUCUCUUAAUAUAGUCUGACCAACUGCUGCCCAUUUUUAUGUACCUUAAUGAAUUUGGAUCCACUGCAGUCAAACCUGCAUCACUAUUGCAGCUGCUGGGUUCAUACUACAUUUCUUUUACUUUUUCAGUAAAUAUAUUUGUAAGAUAUAUCAUCUGUGUCUGACUGUAGGUUAAUGUACGGGUGUAGAACAAGAUCCCUUUCUAAUUUUUAUUCUUACUUGUAGUUACUGUAGUAUAUAUAGCCUCUGUUUGGUUUGGCUUUUGCAAAGCCAGAAUCAA